UGAUAUGAUGAUGGCUCUCGUUAUGGAACCUAUUAGCAAGUGGACGCCCAAGCAAGUAGUGGAUUGGAUGAAAGGCCUCGAUGAUUGCCUCCAACAAUACAUCAAAAACUUUGAGAGAGAAAAGAUCAGUGGGGAGCAGCUGCUGCACAUCACUCACCAGGAGCUGGAGGAGCUGGGAGUGACUCGCAUUGGCCACCAGGAGCUGAUCCUGGAAGCAGUUGAUCUGCUCCGUGCAUUGAAUUAUGGCCUGGAGACUGAAAACCUGAGAACUCUGUCUCACAAGCUGAACACCUCAGCCAAAAACCUUCAGAACUUUAUAAUGGGUAGGAGGAGGAGUGGCUACUAUGAUGGCAGGGUGUCCAGACGCCUGCCAAAUGAUUUUCUUACCUCUAUAGUUGACCUGAUUGGUGCUGCCAAGAACUUACUCACCUGGCUGGACAGGUCUCCGUUUGUUAGCAUGACAGAAUAUUCACUGCUGAAAAACAACAUUGUUCAACUGUGCCUGGAACUAACAACCAUUGUGCAACAGGAUUGUACGGUGUAUGAAACAGAAAAUAAAAUUCUUCACGUGUGUAAAACCUUGUCUGGGAUUUGUGAUCACAUUAUUUCACUCUCAUCUGAUUCUCUGGUGUCCCAGUCAGCACAUCUCGAGGUCAUUCACAUCACCAGCAUCAUGCCCAGUGAGGGGUUGGGAAUGUAUAUCAAAUCAACAUAUGAUGGACUACAUGUAAUCACGGGAACAACAGAAAAUUCUCCUGCUGACCAGUGUAAGAAAAUCCAUGCUGGUGAUGAGGUGAUCCAGAUCAACCACCAAACUGUGGUUGGCUGGCAGUUAAAGAACCUAGUAAAUGCACUGUGGGAAGACCCAAAUGGAGUGAUUUUAACCUUGAAAAAAGGUCCUCAGAAUACCCUGGUUUCUGCUCCUGCCCUUCUGAAGAAUGUGAGGUGGAAGCCUCUGGCACUGCAGCCUGUGAUUCUGACCGGCCCCACAAGCAGCUCUACAACCCCAACAAGUACGAUGAGCAUGUCCUCAAAAAUGGACAACUCUGCACUCCAGGAUGUUUUCAUUCUCUCCCCUACAUCAGGACUUUAUGGCCCCAGGGAUGAAAUUGGAAUAAUGUCUUGUGAUGACAUCAGCAAAUUUGGAAAGUCUGGGAUGAAAGGCUCUGAGUCUCCAAACUAUUUCCUGGAGCACGAGAGUGGGAAAUACUACACCCUGACUGAAGGGGAAAGGCACCCCGGGAGCUCUGAGUAUAAGAGGAGCAGAGCCACAGGCGUGAAGAGAAGGGAAAAAAACCCCACUCAUGGAGAUUUGAGGCUGGUUUCAAUGCCUACUGAGUACAGCUGGAUAGGGGAGUCCAAAGAACAGGGCAUGUACAAGAGGGGAACCAGGGACUCUGAGAAUUUGCUGAGGCGGUACCUGAGCGACGACAAGAUCCUGGUGAUCCAGGAGGAGCCUCUGACGCAGAGGGGCAACAAACAGGACACGGGCCGGAGGUCCAGGAAAAAGAGCAAGCCCCCAGGGAACUCCAGCUACACCAUCAGCCCCUCCGUGCUGGCCUCCACCAUGAACGUCAGGCUGGAGCCAGGGCAACAGGACGUGCUCAACUUCUCCCUGGCAGAGAACAACACGGUUCCACUUUACUAUAGAGCAGGGGAUACAGUCAGUGGAGAUACUGAAAGAUAUGCAAGUUCUGCCAUUGACCAUCCAGGAAACACAUCCAUGAGGAAGUCAUUCCAUUACGCUUCCCUCAGGGUAAAAAGCAGAAAAUGGUCAAAAGGGAGUUCCCUCUCCAGCGUGAGCAGGAGGUGCAUUUCCUGCAAGGACCUGGGGCACGGCGACUGCGAAGGCUGGCUCUGGAAGAAAAAGGAUGCCAAAGGUUAUUUCACCCAGAAAUGGAAAAAGUACUGGUUCAUUCUGAAGGAUUCCUCCUUGUACUGGUACACAAACCAGAAUGAUGAAAAAGCAGAAGGAUUCAUUAGUUUACCCGAGUUCAGGAUAGACAGAGCAACUGAAUGCAGACGAAAACAUGCCUUCAAAGCAUGUCACCCCAAAAUAAAGAGCUUCUACUUUGCAACCGACUGCCUUGAAGAGAUGAACAGAUGGAUGAAUCGUUUGGGUCUUGCAGCAAUUGGUUACACACCUGAUGACAAGGAUAUUCACCCAGAUGAAGCAGAUUACUGGAGUGAAAGCGAUCAGGACGAUAUCGACGGCUCCCUGACCCUGAAGCAGGAGGGCUCCUCCACGAUGUGUGACACCUACCACCGCACACCCUCAGUGAAUUCUUCAAGUCCAUUCCCUGAAGCUAAACAAGGUCAGCACUUUUCCAGUGAAUCAACGUAUUCCCACUCUUCUGCCGAGGAAUCCCGGCAGGAUGCAGCAGGCAGCACACACUCCUCGGAAUGCAGACCUCUCUACCGAGAACGGCGCUCGUGGCAGGACCUGAUAGAGACUCCCUUAACCAGUUCAGGGCUCCAUUUUCUCCAGACUGUCCCUCUGGAGGCGGAGUACAUGAGCAGCCGGCCCAGAAUGUCACCGGACAAAUGGAGACAAGCCACGCUGCCCAUUCAGAGGCACCACAAUUUUGAGCAGGAUGGGCCUUUUCCUCUGGUGGAAUGUCUGAGGGGACACAGCUCCCAUGGGCUGCCCCAGAAACAGCGCAGCCAAAGCCUUCCCCAAAACAGAGAUGUCCGCAGGAAGGGACGCGUAAAGUCCAUUGAAGGGACCGAUGAUGAUCUGGAAGAGAAUGUUCCUAUUAGAAGGCACAAUAGUUUUUAUGCAGAAGAAAACAUAAAAGAAAUUGAAGAAAUCACAGAUGGUCUGCAAGAGCUCUACAGAACUCUGGAAGAAGCCAGUCUGUCAGCUUUCGGAGAGCAGCGUCCCUCCACCAAGCAGGAGUUCCACAAGUCUUUUGUGAAGCGAUGUAACGACCCAAUCAUCAACAAAAAGCUGCACCACAUCCGAGUCCUCAAGAGCACUUUAAAAGCAAAAGAAGGGGACCUCACAGUUAUCAACAGCCUUCUGGAUGACCCAAACUUAACAUCCAAGAAGUUCAAAGAUUGGAAAUUAAAGAACUAUGAGUUUUUCCUGGACAUUUGUGAGUACAGUGCUGCUGGGAAUUCUCAAAAUGGAGCCUCUGAACUGGCAAGCUCAGCCCCAAUGCUGACACACACACACUCCUUCAUUGAGACCCAUGUGUGACAGGAGCCUCAGCCUGAAUCACUGCUGGGUGCCCUGACAGAUGCAGUCAAACACUGGUGAAUUUAUUGCUAAGGUACUCAGCAGUACUGUAAAUACUUGAGUAAGAGAAUAGUGCCACAGGAUCCCUACUUCACUGCAUGAUAAGACAAUAAUAUUCUUUAUGAAUUUUUUGUUUGCUAUUAUCAACCAACAUCUGUAUCAAGCUCUGCAUUAGAAAGAAGCAGUGCAGAAGUGUAACUGAAAAUAAAUACCAGUACAUUUAAAAUACUGUACUAAAACUCAGCUUAUAGUAUGAGCUCCUACAAUCAUGUUAUAUAUUUAGAUAUAUAUAUAAAUACAUAUCUAUGUGUAUAAAAUUUAACAUGAUAGUGGACAUUUCCUUUUUAAAUGCCCUAAAGUUCACAUUUUCACACAUUUUUUCUGGAGAAAAAAUAUAAAAAAUGAAGACAUGAAUACAUUGGCCACUCUUAGAGAUGAACAUUUAUUUUUGCAACAUUUCCAGGUAGUGACCAUCUUUGCAAAUAAAAGAACAGAGUUAUCAAAA